CGUUACUCAUUUUGUAACACAGUGGGCAAAGUGCUGUGUUGUAGUUUCUUCCCUAGGUUUCUCAAAUUAAAUUAAUUUCUCAAAAUGCCACCGAAAAAGAAAGCACCAGAGCCCAGUAAAAAGACUGAAAUGAAGAAGAAAGAGAAAGUUAUUGAGGAUAAAACAUUUGGAUUGAAAAACAAGAAGGGGGCGAAAAACCAGAAAUUCAUUCAACAAGUACAGCACCAAGUCAAAUUUGGAAACCAACCUGCGAAGAAGGUAGCUGAACAACAACAAAAAACUGAGAAAAAGAAAACCGAGGCUGAUGAUCUCAAUCAGCUUCUGUUCAGGCCAGUUCAGAAAGUAGAGAAAGGAGCUGAUCCGAAGUCGAUACUCUGCGCAUUUUUCAAGCAAGGCACGUGUGGCAAAGGGGACAAGUGCAAAUUUUCUCAUGAUCUUUCAAUUGAGAGGAAGGCUGAGAAGAGAGAUAUCUACACAGAUGUUAGAGAUUCAGACACCAUGGAAAACUGGGACGAAGCCAAACUUCAGGAAGUUGUUGAAAAAAAACAUGGUGAAGCUGAGAGAAAAAUGCCUAAAACUGACAUUAUCUGCAAGCACUUUCUCGAUGCCUUGGAGCAAAAUAAAUAUGGGUGGUUUUGGGAGUGCCCAGGAGGUGGACAAAAAUGCCACUAUCGCCAUGCAGUGCCUCCUGGGUUUGUGCUGCAGAAAAACAAAAAGAAUGGUGACGUCAAGACUAAAGAGGAAGAGACACUUACAAUUGAAGCAUUAGUUGAGUCUGAGAGGGCCAAGUUAGGAAGUGACCUCCCACGUAUUACACUGGAAAGUUUCCUAGCGUGGAAGAAGGUCAAAGCGAAAGAGCGCCAGGCUAAUGAAGAUAAGGAACGUGACCGCAAAAGAAACGAGUUUAAGGCUGGUCGUCACUUUGGACUGAGUGGGAGAGACAUGUUUACAUUCCGUCCAGAGUUGGCCGACGACGAUGGACAGAAUGAAGAUGAUGAGGAAACGUAUGACUUCCGUGGAAUGGAACAGGAUGCCGAUUGCAAUCAGGGAGUACGAGAGCUAACUCUGGAAGAUCUUACCGCUGCUGCUAUACAAAGCGAACAUAUUGGAGCGACAGCUGCACCAAAGGGCAAGUACAAUUCUCAUUCUGUGGAGGAGAAUUCAGCUGCAGCAUCUGUGCCCAUUGAUGAGAAACUGUUUGAGGAUGAAGGCUAUCUGGACGACUUUGACGGCUUGGAAGAAGAACUUAAAGAUCUUGACGUGGAAUAAUUCAUGUGUCUGGUUGAGAGUGCACUUAUUCCUUCAUCUUUAUUCUGUGAAUAAUUAAAAGGCUAUGAUAAAAGCCUU